AUGGCCUCUCCCCAUCCUUCGACUACACCCAGCACGCUGCCAAUUCGUUCUCGCCUGAAUAUCUCGCCCUCUCUCGUUGCUCCCAGCUCGUUCCUCUUUUCUCAGCCUGCCACCACCACCACCACCACGCCUGCCAAUCCCCCGCAUACGCACACCCAAGCCCACCCGUCACCAAGAGCAGCACACCGGCCCAGCAUGGACAAGCCUCAGCAGCCCAGUUCUUUCCAGCAGCUGGAGAAGCUUGGUGAAGGUACCUAUGCCACAGUUUUCAAAGGCCGCAAUCGACAGACCGGCGAGAUGGUCGCCCUGAAAGAGAUUCACCUGGAUUCGGAGGAAGGCACGCCAUCCACGGCCAUCCGAGAGAUCUCCCUGAUGAAGGAGCUGAAACACGAAAGUAUCGUCUCGCUAUACGAUGUGAUUCACACGGAAAACAAGCUCAUGCUCGUUUUCGAGUUUAUGGACCGGGAUUUGAAGCGAUACAUGGAUACCAAGGGAGACCACGGCUCGCUCGACUAUGUUACCAUCAAGUCAUUCAUGCACCAGCUCAUGCGAGGCAUUGCUUUUUGCCACGAAAAUCGCGUGCUGCACCGUGAUCUCAAACCCCAGAACCUGCUCAUCAAUAAAAAGGGUCAGCUCAAGCUUGCCGAUUUUGGUCUCGCACGCGCCUUUGGUAUCCCCGUCAACACGUUCUCAAAUGAGGUCGUUACGCUCUGGUACCGCGCCCCGGACGUGCUUCUCGGGAGCAGGACGUAUAACACUAGCAUUGACAUUUGGUCCGCCGGCUGUAUCAUGGCUGAGAUGUACACUGGCCGGCCGCUGUUUCCCGGUACGACCAACGAGGAUCAACUGCAGAAAAUCUUUCGACUAAUGGGGACUCCAUCCGAACGGUCAUGGCCCGGCAUAUCGCAAUUUCCCGAGUAUAAACCCAACUUCCAUGUCUAUGCCACUCAGGACUUGAGGCUCAUCCUGCCUCAAAUCGACCAACUGGGCUUGGACCUGCUUACUCGCAUGCUGCAGCUACGGCCAGAGAUGCGGAUCAGCGCGGCAGACGCAUUACGACAUCCCUGGUUUAAUGAUCUGCCACAAUUGCAGGCCCAGUUACAACAACAACACCACCAGCAACAGCAUCACCACCAGCAGCAAUCACAGUUGUCGGGAGGUUACGGGGGGAUGGUUGCAGCGCAGCCGGGAUACUAA